UCGGUCCAGUCAGAAACUCAACCGCAAACCAGGGCGAACAUCUCGAAAGGUUCCCGAAGUGAUUACUGACACGUGUCCUUUACAUCUAUCCGAAAAACCCUCGCUAAAAUCCAUAUUGUUGUCCUAUCACUCCAUUUAAGGCUCCUUCUCUUCUCCUUCUCUCUUCUUAAAUUAGUUAAUACAAUCAUCAGCCCACUUUCUCUUAUCUCCUUCUUCACUGCAGAUCUUACUGUCUCCAACUUAUCAGCAAGUGUUAACGGAAUAUCAUUUCUAUUGACCCUUUUAACCUUUCUGUCUAUUUAAUUAAUGUUCGACCCAUUUAUGCUGAUUCACGUCCGCUCUCAAAUCUGGUUGCGCAAGUGUGAAAAAGGUUUAAAAAAUCCAACAACACCCUUACCUGAAUUUGUUUAUUUACCUCUUUUUAUCAUACAUCAAAUCUUCAAUCUUUCAUCUUUUAUAUAUAUAUAUAUAUAUAUUUAUAAUAUAUAAGUUUCUGCAGUCUAUAAUUAGUAGUUGAUUUGUAUCGUGUUUUCAUACUAAUUACAGCUAGUAAUUGUAUAGCUGAGUUACAAUUUACUGGAUUGAGCUGUUGAUGAGGUGGGUUUAGUUGAUUUAGGUGGCUUUGUAAACAUAUAUUAGGAUUUUGAGUUUUGGCAAGAGAGGAGAUAAUAUUUUUGGUUUGUUUUGAGUAUAAUAAAGAUUGUGUAGUUUGGUGGUUGGUGUCAAAAGUGGCGAAAAUGAGUUUGAGUGCUGCCGAGGAUGAUUCGGCAUCAGAGAUUCAUAUACCAGCUGAUAUAGAUUGGCAUAUGCUUGAUAAAUCUAAAUUCUUCUUUUUGGGUGCGGCUUUGUUUUCUGGUGUUUCUGCUGCUCUUUAUCCUGUUGUUGUGUUAAAAACCCGUCAGCAAGUAUCUCAUACUCCGGGUUCGUCCUUCAAAAUGGCGUAUACCAUCAUGAAUUAUGAAGGUUUUAGAGGUUUCUACAGAGGGUUUGGUACCUCUUUGAUGGGAACAAUACCAGCUCGUGCACUUUACAUGACAGCACUUGAGGUUACCAAGAGUAAUGUUGGGACUGCGACUGUGAGAUUAGGUUAUUCGGAUACUACAGCCACUGCUAUAUCUAAUGCCGCAGCAGGGUUAAGUUCAGCUAUGGCUGCACAGCUGGUUUGGACCCCAAUUGAUGUUGUGAGUCAAAGAUUAAUGGUUCAAGGAUGUAACAAUAACAGUAGCAAGAACAUAGUCCCUAAUGUAAGUUCUCGUAGAUACAGUAAUGGUCUUGAUGCAUUUAGGAAAAUUUUGGCUGCGGAUGGUCCAAGAGGAUUAUAUAGGGGAUUUGGGAUAUCAAUACUGACAUAUGCGCCCUCUAAUGCAGUUUGGUGGACAUCUUACUCUGUGUCACAUAGGCUCAUAUGGGGUGGUCUUGGUUGCUAUAUAAGUAAAAAAGAUGAAAGUUCUUUGAGUAAUGGGUGUUGUUAUAGACCUAGUUCAAAGGCAGUAGUGGCAGUGCAGAGUUUAAGUGCCGCCAUGGCAAGUGGUGUAUCAGCUAUAAUCACCAUGCCACUUGAUACAAUCAAGACAAGAUUACAGGUUUUGGAUCGAGAAGAAAAUGGGAAAAGAAGGCCGCUGACUAUCCUGCAGACGAUUCGAAAUUUAGUAAAGGAAGGAGGAUUGACAGCUUGUUACAGGGGAUUGGGGCCUAGGUGGGCUUCAAUGUCUAUGUCUGCAACCACCAUGAUCACUACAUAUGAGUAUUUGAAACGACUUUCUGCCAAGAGCCAAUAGCUGAUUAUUGUAAAUUCCCUGUUUUCUUUCCCCUUUGUUUUCUUGAUCAGGUUGGAAAUCACUGAAAAAUCAACGAAAACUUGUACAGUAGUAGCAGGAUCCGUCUAUUUCCCUAUCUGUUAUAAUGUACUUUGCAACUUUCAUCUAUGUCCAUACUGUACAAGUAUAUGAUGUUAUGGUUACCAAGUUUUCGAUAAUGUGGGCGACAUGUUCUGCAUCGAGGUCUGUGAGUUACCCAUCAAUUUUCUAUUGGCAAAAUCCAUCAAUACAUCACCUGGUUUAAGAGA